CCUAAACCAACCGCAAGCAUGAUCCAAGGUUCACGUUCAGCAAACAGCAGAAAAGAAUUUCUCCUCAACAUCUUCCUCUUACUCCUAGCUACAAAAUUAGACAAAAGCUUUCAGUUAGCGUUGAGUGACUGCGGAUCAGAAUACAGACGUCCAGAGUAUACAGACAUCUCUGUAGACUGUGGAACGGAGUACAUCAAUGUGGCUAUCAAAUUCUGUCCUGUCAUGUACACCGGCUACAACGAAUCAGAGUUAAUCCUCAACAAAGUCAUGAAUAACCCAGAUUGCAGGGCGACCCUCGAUACUACAGUCUUACCUCCCAUGGCCCGAUUUAGGUUCCCGCUUAACUCAACCAAUGCCUGCGGCAGCAACUUUGUUACAAUAAGGAGCAUAGGGACAGGAGUAUUCUCGGACUUCUCCAAUAUCGAGACGGUCAACAUCAGUGGAAUUGUACAAUCGAAAGACAUCACAACAGGCACUGUGACGUAUAACGCUGAGCUGAAGUACUACUACUCAUGCGCCUAUCCUCUGGAGUACCUGAUCAACAACACUCGGGUGGAUGUGUCGGCCUCCUCGAUUGCAGUAAAAGACAACAAUGGCAGUUUCAUCAGCACUCUGAGUCUCAGACUCUUUAAAGACAUAAACUACACAGAGCCUCUCACCAUGCCUCCCCUCGGUAUUGAGCUGAGGACAAAUGUGUUUGUGCAAGUGGAGGCCACCAACUUGACCUCCCAGUACUUUGUGUUGCUGGACAGAUGCUACGCCUCCAUUUCCACUACACCCACCACCAGAAACUUCUUCAACCUCUUUGUGCCCUGCGGCAGUGAUUGGCUCACUAAAAUGCUGGUGAAUGGGGAGAUGCAGCUUGCUCGGUUCUCGUUUCCGGCCUUCCGCUUUACAGAGCAGCAGAACCAGACAGUAUCUACAUACUAUCUGCACUGCAUCACAAGACUGUGUGAAAUAUCAACCUGCAGUACAUUUAGGCAAUGUGGCAAACGAAAAAGGAGAGAUGUUGUGCCUUUGACCACCACUCCUUCUCCAAAUGGUGUCACAGAAACCACCACCAUCACAUCACCAGCCAUCGUCAUACGCGCAGAAAACGUGGUGGCAACAAAAGAGGAAGAAGUCACAAUCAGCACGAAAAAACCUUCAGACUCCUCUGUGGGUCUCGGCGUGGCUGUGGGCAUCCUGGCAUUCGCCUGCAUCAUGACCAUAGCAAUGGGAGCAGUUUUCUACAAGAGACACUGGCACAACGCACCUUCAAAAAUGCCCCGGUGAGAUGAGACACCCUGUUCCUG